GGUAGCACGUUAGAUUACUUACCCCCAGCAAUGAUCAUUGGGAAGGCCUAUGACUACACUGUUGAUAAUUGGGCGAUUGGUGUCCUUUUAUACGAAAUGCUUGUAGGACGACCAUUAUUUGAAUUUCUUCACAAGAAUGGAACACUGCUAGCAAUUACGACUUGUGAUCUUAUAGUUCCAAUGGAUAUCAGUGAGGAUCCUAGUGAACUUAUAUGA